AUGUUUCGUCCAAGUUCAGUUUGCCUAAGUGCUCUUUCGAAGCGUACAGUAAGGGUUAAAGUUCAAGUAUUGAGGGACUUCCCAGUACUUAAAUUGUUCAGAGGUCAGGUAUUAUCAGUUAUACCAUCGUUGAUGAGGAAUCAAUUGCAUAAUGAGAAUGGUGCUCGUUACAUUUUAAAAGACAGUGAUAUUGACAAUAACCUUCAGGAUAAGCAUUUUAAAAGGAUGAAGGAUAUGAGGAAACUAGAAGCUAAAAGACAAAGAGAUCGUGAAGCUGCUCUUCUAGCAGCCAAGAAGUAUAGAGAAGAACAGCUGGCUAAAAGUCGUUUACCUAAACCUGUUCUUGGUCGUAGGUUGACAUUGAAGAAGGUCAGGAUUCCAGGUUUACAUUUUUAG